CCUCGCGCUCCCUCCCGCGCACUCGCGGCGCGGCGGCUCCGAGGUCUCACUUCUCGUCGCCCCGACCUCGCCAUGCGGACCCCGCGAGCGCCCCCUCCUCGCCCGGCCCCACUGCUCCUACUGCUGCUACUGGGGGGAGCCAACUGCCUCUUCCCCGAGGAGCCGCCGCCACUUAGCGUGGCCCCCAGGGACUACCUGAACCACUACCCCGUGUUCGUGGGCAGCGGGCCAGGACGCCUGACCCCCGCAGAGGGUGCUGACGACCUUAACAUCCAGCGAGUCCUGCGGGUCAACAGGACCCUGUUCAUCGGGGAGAGGGACAACCUGUACCGGGUGGAGCUGGAGCCCCCCACGACCACGGAGCUGCGGUACCAGCAGAAACUGACCUGGCCCUCCAACCCCAGUGACAUCAACGUGUGUCGGAUGAAGGGCAAGCAGGAGGGCGAGUGUCGAAAUUUUGUAAAGGUGCUGCUUCUUCGGGACGAAUCCACGCUCUUUGUGUGCGGUUCCAAUGCCUUCAACCCCGUGUGUGCCAACUACAGCAUGGACACACUGCAGCCCCUCGGGGACAACAUUAGCGGCAUGGCCCGUUGCCCGUACGACCCCAAACAUGCCAACGUUGCUCUCUUCUCUGAAGGAAUGCUCUUCACCGCCACAGUUACUGACUUCUUAGCCAUCGAUGCUGUCAUAUACCGCAGCCUGGGGGACCGGCCCACUCUGCGAACUGUGAAACAUGACUCCAAGUGGUUCAAAGAGCCCUACUUUGUCCAUGCGGUGGAGUGGGGCAGCCACAUCUACUUCUUCUUCCGGGAGAUCGCGAUGGAGUUUAACUACCUGGAGAAGGUGGUGGUGUCCCGCGUGGCCCGGGUGUGCAAGAAUGACCUGGGAGGUUCCCCUCGGGUGCUGGAGAAGCAGUGGACGUCCUUCCUGAAGGCGCGGCUCAACUGCUCUGUGCCUGGGGACUCCCACUUCUACUUCAACGUGCUGCAGGCCGUCACGGGUGUGGUCAGCCUGGGGGGCCGGCCUGUGGUCCUGGCUGUUUUCUCCACCCCCAGCAACAGCAUCCCUGGCUCGGCUGUCUGCGCCUUUGACAUGACUCAGGUGGCCGCUGUGUUUGAAGGCCGCUUCCGUGAGCAGAAAUCCCCUGAGUCCAUCUGGACACCCGUGCCGGAGGAUCAGGUGCCACGGCCCCGACCCGGGUGCUGUGCAGCUCCUGGCAUGCGGUACAACGCCUCCAGCGCCUUCCCCGAUGAGAUCCUCAACUUUGUCAAAACCCACCCCCUGAUGGACGAAGCGGUGCCCUCUCUGGGCCACGCGCCCUGGAUCGUGCGGACUCUAAUGCGGCACCAGCUGACGCGAGUGGCUGUGGACGUGGGCGCUGGCCCCUGGGGCAACCACACCAUUGUCUUCCUGGGCUCCGAGGUGGGCACCGUCCUCAAGUUCCUCAUCUGGCCCAACGCCAGCACCUCGGGCACCACUGGGCCCAGUGUCUUCCUGGAGGAGUUUGAGACCUACCGGCCAGACAGGUGUGGACGGUCGGGCGGCGGCGAGGCAGGGCGGCGGCUCUUGAGCCUGGAGCUGGACACAGCCUCAGGUGGCCUGCUAGCAGCCUUCCCCCGCUGUGUGGUCCGCGUGCCCGUGGCCCGCUGCCAGCAGCACUCAGGGUGCAUGAAGAACUGUAUCGGCAGUCAGGACCCCUACUGCGGGUGGGCCCCUGAUGGUUCCUGCAUCUUCCUCAGCCCCGGCGCCAGAGGCACCUUUGAGCAGGACGUGUCCGGGGCCAGCACCUCAGGCUUAGGGGACUGUACAGGACUCCUGCGGGCCAGCCUGGCAGAGGAGCGCGCCGGGCUGGUGUCGGUGAACCUGCUGGUGACGUCGUCGGUGGCGGCCUUCGUGGUGGGCGCCGUGGUGUCCGGCUUCAGCGUGGGCUGGUACGUGGGCCUCCGCGAGCGGCGCGAGCUGGCGCGCCGCAAGGACAAGGAGGCCAUCCUGGCCCACGGCGGCGGCGAGGCCGUGCUGAGCGUGAGCCCGACUAAUUGGGAUCGGAGAGGCCGAGGCGCACAUGGCAGCCCCUGCGCGGUGAUCCCCGAGUAG